AUGAUGAAAUUUGUGUUCUUCGAUUCUUCUCUUAUCGCCCGUGCGGUGAAAAUUCUUGUGCGAUUUGAGGUGGAUCAGUGUCUCCAGUGAAGUGCGUUCGACGUGCUCGGGUGCCGGGACACCUUUGAGCAUCGGACAAGCGGUGCGACACAGUGGCUAAUAAUGUCAGGCAUGAUGGAGGGAACGGAACUCCGGGGCUUUUCUUCCUCGUCGCAAGAUGAUGCCAUCCUCAAGAAUAUGAUCCUAAACUUCCGGGUAUCAGAACUCCAAGUAUUGCUAGGCUUUGCAGGCCGUAAUAAAAGUGGGAAGAAGCAGGAACUCCAACAGCGGGCCCUAGAACUCGUUCGAGUUCGAUCCACCCCAAUCAUCUUAAAGAUUAAGGAUCUUCACCGGCGAAGUCAGGGUCGAUAUGGUUCUGAUAUGGAAGUCGCGUCUCAGGCAAGUCAAGCAGCGGCCGCCGCUGCCGCUGCAGCUGCCGCCGCAGCUGCCGCUCAGCAGUCCACGAGCGCGGCAACGCUAAGCGGUCUUGGUGGUCUUGGAAGCGUUGGACGUUCGACGGUUGGAGGUGUAGGCGGUGUUGGAAAUGUAACCGGAAGUAUCGGCGAUUUAAGCGGCGGUGGCGGAAGUGUAGCAGGGGGAGGAGCAGGGGGAGGUGGUGGGGGGGGAGGCUCGCUGUCAACCAUUCCGCAAUCUCGAAUUUGUGCAGUUCCACCGAUGAAGCGAGAUGAUCCGCCGUCACAUAACACAGUAAAUAACUAUCUCCAAAGACAGGCGGCUGCGUUAAGCGCCGCGGGCUUGUACAAUUUUCAGAUGGCUCAGCAAGUAGCCUCAACACUAGGACCUUCGGCAAACGUUCAGAGUGCACAACCGCUCAACCAAUAUCCGAUUCAUCCAGAUGUCAAGCUAAAGGUUCUUCCUUUCUACGAACAGCUAGCAGAGAUUUUGAAGCCGUCUUCACUUCAGCAAAAUAUUCCGCAAGCGCCUACGCCAGCAGGGCAACAGCAAAACGCACCUCGGCAAAAGGAGGCCGAAUUCGCGUUUCAUAUGACGCCGGCUCAAGUUCAUUCUCUAUUGAUGUCAAAAGACUACAAGCCAGGUGAGCCGGCUGUACAGCUUCAGCUACGAUUGUGUGCUCUUGAUUCAACUGUGCCGCAAGAUGACGCCUUCCCACCGGGACUCGUUGUGAAGGUAAACGGGCGUUUGUUAUCACUUCCGAAUGCGAUUCCGACGAAUAAACCAGGCGUAGAGCCAAAACGGCCGCCUCGUCCGCUCAAUAUCACGACUGUAUGCCAUACGAAUACAGGCCUUCCUAAUAAAUUACACAUCUCUUGGACACACGAAUAUGGAAAGGCGUUCGUGUGCGCGGUCUACCUAGUUCAGCGACAUAAUGCCAAUGCAUUGCUAGAGCGGCUUAAAAAGAAAGGACGCGCUUCUGUAGAGGCUACUAAGUCGAUGAUUCGAGCGAAGUUACGUCCCGAUAAUGAUGACGAUCUCUGCAUGACAUCACUUCGACUGUCUUUGGUUUGUCCUUUGGGACAAUGCCGAGUCCAAGUUCCGUGCCGGGCGAGAGGAUGCUCUCACCUCAACUGUUUCGACGCUCACCUCUAUCUAAUGAUGAAUGAGAAGAAGCCCACAUGGAUAUGCGCCGUUUGCGAUAAGAGCAUUUCCUACGACGAUCUUUAUAUUGACGCCUACAUGGAAGAGGUCUGUCGAUUAGCCCCUCUUGAAUGUCGCGAAGUACAACUUAACGAGGAUGGUUCGUGGACACCAGUAGUUGAAGAUAAAGAAAAAGAUGGUGGACGUAAAAGAGCUCGACACGGUGGAAGUGAAUCGGAAGAUUCCGAUGAAGAACGAGAACGGAAACGUAAAAAGGAGCAAUCUGAAAAGGACAAACAGGAGGUUAUGAUCGAUCUCACUGAAUCGACCGAUGAAGAAGAUAACGCUUUAGCUCCGGCUCCGGCACGGGCUGUGCAAGGAGCGCUUGUCUCUUCCAAUCGAAUUCAUCAAAAUUCGAAUGCGCACAUCCAGCAGCAACAUCAGCAGACAAUAGCUACCAGCGGCGCUGUACAUUCGCUGAGCUCGCAGCGUGUACUGCCAUCGCAUGGAGUAGUUACUUCGGCCUCAACGUCGGCCGUGGGCGCCGCUACCCAACGGGCGUCCAGUAACGUUGUCUAUGGAUCGUCGGUAUCAUCCUGUGGCCAGGGCGUCGUCUCGGUAUCAUCAUCUGGCAGCGGGCAGACAACAGCGGUGCGUUCAAAUAGUGGGGCAGUUUCACUUCCGUCAUCGCGUACAGCAGCCACGACGGCGUCAAGUUUUCUAUCAAAUUAUCCAGCGGCAGCAGCAGGAGCGGCCUCCGGGACAGCCAGCGGUGCAGCAGGCUAUUACAACUCGUACUCCUCUACAGACUACUUUAACGCUGUGGCAGCAACUGGUGGGACGUCUGUCAGUCAGAAUCUCUACGGACCCUAUGGAAGUUACAACAUUUAUCAGCUGUUGGCUGAUGAACGACAACAACUUCAACAGCGAUCUCAACCAAGCGUUCAACCAACAGCAGCUCAGGGAACAGGCUCAGGUCCCCGUGACGUUAUCAACCUCGACUGACAGGUGCCGGCGCGACACGUACACGACCAUUCAGGGGUGCCAUCCUCUGUUUCAACAACAGCAGCUGUUGCAACGAUAGCGACAACAGUCAGAACAACAUCCAUGACACCUACCUUGGUUAACAGUGUGUCUUCCUACCGUAGCAGUAGUCUGCUCAGUCACAAUAGCAGCAGUUAUUCUUAUAAUAACAACAACAACAACAACAACGAAAGUUUUGUCGAAUCCUUUAGGAAAAAGCAUUCGAUAAUUGGGCAGCAAGAACAGUAUGAUUACUCCUUGAAGUGUCAUCACCUACACCUUCAACCCCACCAUCAUGAACAACAACAGGACACUGUAGGGUCUUGCCAACAGCAGCAGCAGGAAUAUUUUUUUCGAGCAGCAGCCGCAACAGCUAAAUCAGGCCAGCAACAGUCACACCAGCAACAUCUGCUCGACCAAACCUAUCAUGACCACCAUGGGUCACAGAGUCAACAUCAGGAUGAUCAUCUGCGCCCUGAUGGGCAUCGAGAACAGUUGCGUGAUGAUAGACAUCCAUCAAGAGGGCAUCAACAACAGCAGGAGGAUCUGUACAAACAGAGAAGCGACGUACAUCUGCAGCAACAGCAGCAUCUGUUAAGACAGCAGCUCAGAGAACUCGAACACCGGCAAGAGCUGCUGCUUGCCGCUGGCCAUCAGCAGCAAUACCGACAUCGUCACGAACAAAAACAGCACCAUUUGAUGGACCUGCAGCACGAAAGAUCAACAACAACACAAAACGACUGCUCGUCAACUCCUGAUAGGAGCUCGCCGUUUCCGAUCGUCACGGGCAGACAGUAAAGCUGAGAUGCAUAAGAGACUGACAGAUCUGGAGCAAUAGCUUCAGUUGUACUUCCACCACACGCGGUCACGCAACACUUCUACUGCGCAGCAUCCAGGUGUCGUAAUUGAAAGUGCAUCGUAACCUGGAACUACCACAGGUCAGGAACAACCAACGCUUCAGUAUUUGCAGCGUUACGAGCAAUCACGUACGGCCACUAUGGAGUUUAAUAACCUGAUUGAGCAACAAAUACAAAAACAACAAUCAUCACGUGAGUAACAGAAGUAGAAAUAACCAAUAAUCUUCGUCGUCGUCGCCAACGACGACACCAAUGGCGGCAACAAGAAAUAAGUAACUGCGAUAUGCCCGUGUAGCGGCGACCAUGCGUUUUAACCGCAUCAGUAGCUGAUGGAAGACCAGUAACAACAGCUCCUUUAGCAAUUAAGCGUUGCUGCAAAAUGACGAAGUCAAGCUAACUUCUGCAUGAGCGGAGAAAGCAGAAGACAGAUUCUACAAUCAGAAGAACAAAAGAAAAUACAGCCGCUUCUUUAAAUUAUUUUAAUGUUCAUAAACUAAUUGGCCUCUGCCUGAGCUAACAGUGCCGAUGGUGCGAAUUGUAAGGGAAAAUUCGUUCUAAUUUCUACUGCUGCUGCAGGUGGUGAUGAUUAUCACAGAAAAGCAAGCUAGCUAGCAAAAUAAAUCAUAAGGAGACGACAUACAGACACAAUUGAAGGGAUUGCAAAUUAAUGGGAAAGUGAGAGAAAGAACUUAAUAAGAAUUGUUGAGGAUUGUGGGUUCAUAAAAAUAAUUGUACACCGCUUUGAAUGUUGAAAGGCAGAUCGUUGUCCCUUUUGGCUGGUAUAUAAUGCACAGUAAUGGACCCUCUAGAAGUGAUUGAGCUGCCCCUGUAUAUAACUAUAUAUAGAUAAAAACAAAAGCCGAAAAAGACAACUUGAUGUUCCACACCGAAACGCGAAAGAAAUGUCAAUAAGUAAUACGACGUCCAAGGGUGAAUGUCAAGUGUGUAUAUAUAUCAAAAGCAUUUGACGUUGGCGUGAGGGUUGUUUGGCGCCAUCCAGCCAUGGGCGUUAUUCUUUGUGAGCAUAAUAGCUCAUCUGUACAUAAGUAUUGUUCCGUGGCAAGGAAGAUCGAGCGAGAACGACGUAAAACAUGAGGAAACAAAGGUGACUGACGAAAACAACAACAACAACAACGCGUUCGAGUCAAUUAAAGAUGCUGUGCAUGUAAGAAUGUAUGCUCGUAUGCUUGUGUUAAUGUAUAAGGUUUGUGUAUAUAUACGAGAAAUAUGCACCAAAAAAAUUUUCAAUCGUAAUAUCAAAACAGGGCAGCAAAUUAAAUGGGUUGCAGAAAAAGAGGUAGGGACGAAAGUAAGAUCUAUAGAGAGAUGAAUAACAAGAAUAAUGGGGAAAAGGGGAGGAACAAAUAGCCCCAGAAGAACUGGAGUGUUGGAAAAAAGGGCAAUGACAAUACCUACUAUUAAUUUUAGCAUGCGGAAACCUGUUGAACGUACGUCUCGAACGUAUGCGACACAAAAAUGAACAAUUGUUGUUGUUGUUGUGCCGACAACAGUUGUAGCCAGCAGGGGGAUUUAGUUGGAGUAGGUACAUAAAAGCGAAAAAUUUAGAAACACUUCAACAGGCGACGACGACGACGACAAUAAAUACCGCCUAUGAAUGAAUCAGUUAGAAUAACAAUUAUUCGAAUUAUGUAGUCACUGUUUGAACCGUUAGAUGAUUAUUGUUAGAAUAUAUGCACAAAAUGCAGAAAGUAAAAUGGCGAAAAAGAAAUAUGACUAAUCACGGAUUGUAAUCAUUGACCAAAAAAGUCCCGGCAAAAUCUGGCCGAUAUGCGCUGACCUACUAAACGAAUCCAUUUUGCAGGUGUGUAAGUAAACAUCGCCACGUAUUUGUUAUUAUAUAUAAUAACAAAUAUAAAGUAUGUACAUAUUUCGCAUAUCGAUUCAUCACGCGAUAAUGUUAAGAACUGAAGAUAUAAUAGUAUUUGUUUCAAAUCAGUCUACCUUUGGCGCUUAUGGCUAACCAGUUAAUUUUAUCUAUUAAAAGGCACAGCUGAUUAUUUGUUUGUCAUCGCUGUUUCUAAAAAAGCAGAAUGAUUGUUGUUGUUGUUGUUGUUAUUGCUGUACAUCGCGUGCGAUAUGCGCGACAGCAUGCACGAUACAACACUCGACCAGUUUACUCAGUCCUGUUUUGUAUUUUGUGAUGUUACUUUGUAGAAAAAAAAUAGAUGUAACAAAAGAAUGGUAAAUGAAUUUAUCCGAGUGGGGGCGCUAUGGCCAGAAAGCGAAGAAUAGGACCUCAGCUGCUGUUGACUAUUUGAGUCGAGACGAGAAAAGCAGAAAUGAUCGCCUUUACAGCGAAGGUCGUCGUUUGCCGAUCGAACCUUUACCGUCGGUCGUCAUUCAUUGGCGUUCGAAUGCGGCCCAUGGUAUAUAGAUAUGCGCAGUAGUCUUAUUACUUAGAUAUGAAUAAAAACAGUGCUGCUGACGAUAAUGGUAGCUCGGUGACGGCGACGACGACAACAACAACGUAGAUGAGCCCGCUAAACAGCCGUCACUUUAUAGCCAAACUGAAAAAAUGUUACUAUUAUAUCAAUACGAAUCCAGAUGGCGAUGGUAGAAAGUAUAGUCGAUGAUAGUAAUAUAUGACUCAAUCGAUUUGACUAAGAUAUUAACACGACGGAUAAUCAUAAAAACAUUAAGAAAAUUGUUUCCUUUGCGUUGGUGGAGUGACUAACUGAGCGAUAGUGUAAUGGCUAUGCAUGGGUUAAUAAUGAAUGGAUGAAAGCAUACAAAUAACAAGUGGAGGACUAUUUUGCAACAAGUAAUUUCGUACAACAGUUUGUAGAAAUGAAAGAAACGAACCGCGCCUUUUUUGGGAAUUCGGGGAUUUUAAGAUCAAAAAUUAGCCAUAUGUUUUAGAUUUAUAGCAUCAUGACGUUCGAAGCCACCCGGUUACUAUAGGACGAUGUGGCUGCUGAUGAUGCCUUUGUUUCUUCACUAGCGAACUUAAUCGGUCUAGCAGGUUCAAAUAAAUUUUGCUUUUACCAAUUUCACAACUGGUGUUGACACAAAUCUUAAAGGCCUAAACUUUUAAUGCUUAAAUGCCUUUCGCUCUGUCAGAUAGAAAGAAGGGUGGUUAUAAGAUGGUACGGCGGUCGGUGCUUAAAACGUGACUACUCCAGUGAGUGCUUUGAUUGAUACACAACUUUCUGUUAAUGGUACGAGUGUUUAGGCCGGGCCGGCGACAGGGCUUACCUGCACAUCAAGAAAUAAGGAUUACAGUAUCAAAUACGUUCUUAAAAAAUCGGCUUAAGAUAACAACAGCCUUACCUAUUUCAACAAGUAAUAAUUAAUUUUAACUAAAUAAUCAUUACUUGACAAACAUCGAUAUCAACAAUAACAAGGAAUGCGAGAUUUUUAAGCGAGGGAACUAUGCGCCGCGUAGAGUAUUGACGAAAGCGCAUUCGGCGGUGUUACUGUUUUAGCGUUUUGUACUUUAUAGUGUGUAGUGAAGACGCUAACGCCGUACUGUGGUGGUGGUGAGAGAUGACGUCGUCGAUUAGGCGGAGCAGCAACAAGUCAUCAGACGAUAAUGAGGAUGAGACAGUCCGUUAUCUUACGUCCAACCUCGUGUUUCUGUCUAUUGACCCCGAGGCAAAUAGCGCCAUACAAAAACAAAACAGCUGAAGAUGAUUAGUAGUUAGUCAUAUAUGCGAUUUGAAGUGGUGGAUUGAAAGGGAACACAACAAACAAGCAAAUCAUCAUGUUGCGAUAUAUAUAUAUAUAUAUAUAUAUAUAUAUAUAUAUAUAGAACUUCUAAAACACGGUAUUCAGGUGGGCCAUACGCUGCAGACGAAAAAUGACUAAUGUGUGUGCGUGUAUAUACAUGUAUUUGGGAAAAAAAUCUCGUGAAAGAAAGGGUUACAUAA